GGAUGAGGAGGCGGCGGCGCGCGAAGACGAUGCUCCUGAGCUGAGCGGACGCGGCGCACGGCACGGGCGGCCGAGCGGCCGAGCGGCGCCCACUGCGGGAUGGCCCAGCCGGCGGGCCCGGGCGGCGGCGCGGAGCCGGCGGAGGCCGGGGCGGCGGCGGGCGCUGCGGACGCGCUGAGCUUGGAGGACAUCCUGCGGCUGUACAACCAGCCCAUCAACGAGGAGCAGGCGUGGGCCGUGUGCUACCAGUGCUGCGGCUCCCUGCGCGCCGCCGCCCGCCGCCAGCCGCGCCGCCGCGUGCGCUCGGCCGCGCAGAUCCGCGUCUGGAGGGACGGCGCCGUCACCCUGGCGCCCGCCGCCGGCGACGACGCGGAGCCGCCGGCCACCGCGGGUAAAUUGGGAUAUUCACAAUGUACAGAAACAGAGGUUAUUGAAUCUUUGGGAAUUAUUAUUUAUAAAGCAUUGGACUAUGGCUUGAAGGAGAAUGAAGAAAGGGAGUUGAGCCCUCCCCUAGAGCAGCUCAUUGACCAUAUGGCCAACACGAUGGAAGCUGAGGGCAGCAAUGAUGAAGGCUAUGAGGCUGCAGAUGAAGGCCUGGAAGACGAAGAGGAUGGAAAAAGGAAGAUCUCAAUGAUUCGGUCCUAUCGAGAUGUCAUGAAGCUAUGUGCUGCUCAUCUCCCAACUGAGUCAGAGGCACCAAAUCAUUAUCAGGCAGUGUGCCGUGCGUUAUUUGCAGAGACCAUGGAGCUGCACACGUUUCUGACCAAAAUUAAGAGUGCAAAGGAGAAUCUUAAGAAGAUCCAAGAAAUGGAAAAGAGUGAUGAAUGUGGCACAGACCUGGAGGAGCUGAAACACGCUGACUGGGCCCGAUUCUGGGUCCAGGUGAUGAGAGAUUUGCGAAAUGGGGUAAAACUUAAGAAGGUCCAACAGCGGCAGUAUAAUCCAUUGCCCAUUGAAUACCAGCUCACUCCCUAUGAGAUGCUAAUGGACGACAUUCGGUGCAAGAGAUACACCUUACGGAAAGUGAUGGUGAAUGGUGACAUUCCCCCUCGGUUAAAAAAGAGUGCUCAUGAAAUCAUCCUUGACUUCAUCAGAUCAAGACCUCCUUUAAAUCCAGUCUCAGCCAGAAAACUGAAGCCAACCCCACCACGGCCACGGAGCCUCCAUGAAAGAAUAUUAGAGGAGAUUAAAGCAGAAAGAAAGCUGCGGCCUGUCUCCCCAGAGGAAAUCAGACGGAGCAGAUUAGAUGUAACUACCCCAGGAUCUCCAAAGAAUGUUGGGGAAUCAUCUAUUGUGAAUGGAGGUUUAACGUCACAGGCUAAAGAAAAUGGGCUGGGUGCUGCCCAGCAGGCACCUGUACAGCAGAAGAAGCUCCUCAGAGCCCCGACCCUGGCUGAGCUGGACAGCUCCGACUCAGAGGAGGAAACUCUGCACAAGUCCAGCAGCAGCAGCAGUGUGUCUCCUUCCUUCCUCGAGGACCCGGUACUGGAGGCGAUGUGCACCAGGAAGAAACCUCCAAAAUUCUUGCCCAUAUCAUCAACACCUCAGCCAGAAAGACGGCAGCCACCUCAGAGACGACAUUCCAUUGAGAAGGAAACGCCUACUAAUGUGCGACAGUUUCUGCCACCAUCCAGGCAGAGUUCCCGCUCUCUGGUUCCUAGGAUAACCAGUGUAUGGCCAAGGACGCCCUUUCGACCACUUUUCUCUACCAUACAAACAGCUUCUCUGCUCAGCUCUCAUCCUUUUGAAGCAGCCAUGUUUGGGGUAGCAGGGGCUAUGUAUUAUCUGUGUGAGAGAGCUUUCACCAGCAGGUGGAAAUCCUCAAAGGAGGAAUUCUGCUACCCAGUGGAAUGCCUCGCUCUUACUGUGGAGGAAGUGAUGCAUAUUCGUCAGGUCCUGGUGAAGGCAGAGCUGGAAAAAUACCAACAGUAUAAGGACAUCUACACUGCCCUGAAAAAAGGAAAGCUCUGCUUCUGUUGCCGAACCCGGAGGUUUUCCUUCUUCGCCUGGUCUUAUACCUGUCAGUUCUGUAAGAGGCCUGUGUGCUCACAGUGUUGCAAAAAGAUGCGGCUGCCCUCCAAGCCAUACUCCACUCUACCUAUCUUUUCAUUGGGACCUUCUGCCUUGCCAAGAGGGGACAGUUGUGCGAGGUCAGAAAAGCCCUCUGCUGGUCACCAUCGGCCACUGCGCAGUAUUGCCAGGUUCUCCUCAAAAUCUAAGUCUGUGGACAAAUCAGAUGAAGAACUCCAAUUUCCCAAAGAGUUCAUGGAGGACUGGAGCACGAUGGAGGUGUGCGUAGACUGCAAAAAGUUCAUUUCAGAGAUCAUCAGUUCGAGCCGGCGGAGCCUGGUGUUGGCCAACAAAAGAGCCCGGUUAAAAAGGAAAACGCAGUCUUUCUAUAUGUCCUCCCCAGGCCCCUCAGAGUACUGCCCUUCCGAGAGGACUAUCAAUGAGAUCUGAGCCCUGUGCCUUCCAAUUGCUUUUGUGUCUGGAGGCGGCAUUGGUGGGGAGAACACUACCUGGAUUUGUCUCUCCUUCCCCUGGUUUUAUUUAAUAAGCUUGAAUUUGCAUUAGAUUUCACCUUGUUCCACAGACUGAAUGCUGUGUUCGUAUCGGUGGAUGAUACAUGACAGGUCAGCCAGUUGCUCGUUUGCACUCAGCGAGGACAAACAGCAGUCUGAACAUUGCUUUUGUAGAUGUGGAAGCCAGAACCUUUUUCCUUGGUUCAGUUCCUUAUUCCUUAAAUAAUUUCCUAAGGCAAAAAGCUUCUCGUGUGAGAAGUCAGUCUGACAGAGGAAUCGAUGUCAGCACAGUUCUAAGCAGUAAGUCAUAUUGGCAUUUCCACGAGACAGUGUUCCUAUCUAAUGUACAUAGUGGUCCAGAACCCUGCCACAUCCCGGCUGCCUGGGGAGGGCCAGGCUCACAGCACAAACCCGGGACUUGCUGAUCCUCUCCAGCUGAUUCUUUAAUUAUCCUUGUUCUGAGACAUGAAUUGCAUAGGGGCUUCUGCCUUAUCAUAGUGCAGAACAUCUGAGUAAAGCCGCGUGCCCUCUCGGGACCGCUUCCUCUGAGCUGCCCGCCCUUCCCAGCGUCAUGGGCCAUGUCUCCUGAGCCAGUGACAGGCUUUCAUUCCCUGCCGUGAAUGCACUGAAUGUAUUGGGUUACUAGCACUUUCAUAAUGGAAGUCAAAGAAUUAAAGUUCUGUGGAAGUUUUCAGACAAAGGAAAGCUAAACAUUUGUCAAGUAGCUGAAUGUAUUCUGGUUAACCGUGACAAGAGUUGUGACAGCAGAGAUGCCAGCAGAAAAUGUACUGGAGCUCAUACAUUCUCAGCUACACUUUCCAUGACUUCAUAGUGCAGCCAUCACGACUAAAUUAAGCCACAAAAAUACCUAAGUCUCAAACGGAAAUUUAUUUUUGUAAGUGAAUUUUAAAAAAAUAACUCUUUUUAAAUCACAAGAAAAUUAGCCUGCUGACAAGCAAAAGCUUUGGAUGCUUUUUGCACUAGCUUUCCUUGUAAGUGAGUUGAGUGCACAUUGGGUUUCUGCUGAAGGCAGGUUGGGAGGCAGCACUGUACACCUAAAAUUUCUCAGCUUGUGUGGCCUGUGUCAUGGGCUGUCUAUAUUGUGGUGUGCCUAGAAAUGUCCAGCCAUUCAAACUGCUCACUGAAUGCACAUGCAGAGUAACCUGAAAGCUGUACACACAUUCAUCAUCAAUACAGUGAUAGCUCCAUUUAAUAAAAGGCCUGGCAGGCAAUUUCAUACCACAUGAAAAUACAGUA